AGCAAACAUACUCCUUUACUCCACAGCACACGUCAAAAAUGCCGAGAGAGCCGGACUCACUAAAUCAACACCGUGCAAACUGGCCUGAGGGAAGUUUCCUGACCAAGAAGACCAAAUGGCUCCAAGGACUCAUUAUAACAAUUUACUUUUCUUAUUUGAGACGUGCUUUAGCGCAUCCUCAGUGUCUGGACUUCCAGCCACCUUUCAAACCAACUUCACACCUCGAGUUUUGCAGGCACUAUGAGAAAUUUGGUUGUUGUGACCAGAAAACGGACAGCAAUAUUGCUAUGAGAUACUGGGAUAUAAUGGAUCUGAUUGGCGAAGAAGCGUAUACAGUGUGCGGUGAUUUGGUAAAGGACAUUAUGUGUCAGGAGUGUUCUCCUUAUGCUGCACACCUUUUUGAUGCUGAAGACCCGUAUACUCCAGUGCGCCACCUGCCCGGACUGUGUUCCUCUUACUGCUCAGACUUCCACAGCAAGUGCCAGUCUGUGGUCAAGUAUCUAACCAACAGCCGGACCCUGCAGGAGACAUGCGAAACAGACCCCUUGCAUUUCUGUAACCUCAUUAAUCUCCCCGACCAAGACUAUUGCUACCCUAAUGUUGUGAGUAACAAUGAUCUGUAUAGCAGUCUGGGCAAGGUGGUGGAAGACACCAGAGGCUGCUUUCAGCUGUGCUUGAUGGAAGUGGCCAAUGGGCUGAGGAACCCUGUGCUGAUGAUCCACAGUGGAGAUGACACACACCGCAUGUUUGUGGCAGAGCAGAUAGGAUUUGUAUGGGUCUACCUGAGAGACGGCAGCCGCCUGGAGCAGCCCUUCCUGGACAUCAGUGGGGAGGUGUUGACCACGCCAUGGCUAGGAGAUGAACGAGGUUUCCUGGGUCUUGCUUUCCAUCCGAAUUACAGAAAAAAUGGGCGCUUUUACAUCUACUACUCCAUUUUGACCAACGGCAAACUGGAGAAAGUCCGCAUCAGUGAGAUGAAAGUAUCAGCUCAUGACAUGAACAUUGCAGACCCCUAUUCUGAGAGAGUUCUUCUUGAGAUUGAGGAGCCUGCAGCAAACCAUAAUGGCGGGCAGAUUCUGUUUGGUCUAGACGGAUAUCUGUACAUUUUUACUGGAGAUGGCGGGAAAGCAGGAGACCCCUUUGGCAGGUUUGGAAAUGCCCAAAACAGAUCAGCACUGCUGGGAAAAGCCCUUCGAAUUGAUGUGGAUGGCAGAAGUAUAGAUGGGAAGCCCUAUAGGAUUCCUCUAGACAAUCCCUUUCGGAAACAUCCUGAUGCAAAGCCAGAGGUCUACGCGUAUGGUGUGAGGAAUAUGUGGCGCUGCUCGGUGGAUCGAGGGGAUCCGCUGACUCGUUACGGCAGAGGGAGAAUCUUCUGUGGAGAUGUGGGUCAGAAUCGCUAUGAAGAGGUUGACAUCAUUGUCAAGGGAGGAAAUUAUGGAUGGAGGGCAAAAGAAGGCUUUGAAUGCUUUGAUAUGAAAUUAUGCCAGAACUCUUCUCUAGAUGAUAUCCUUCCGAUACAUGCCUAUGGACACCAUGUUGGGAAAUCCGUAACUGGAGGUUAUGUAUAUAGAGGAUGCGAAUCACCAAAUCUCAAUGGGCUCUACAUAUUUGGAGACUUUAUGAGCGGACGAUUAAUGGCUCUGGAGGAGGAUAAGAAAACUGGGAGCUGGAAGGAAAAGAAUGUGUGUAUGGGCGACACCAAAACCUGCUCUUUUCCUGGCCUUAUAAAUCAUCACCACAAGUUCAUCAUCUCAUUCGCUGAGGAUGAAGCAGGAGAACUUUAUUUUCUGGCGACCUCCUACCCCAGUGCAAUGUCUCCAUUUGGCACCCUUUACAAAUUCGUGGAUCCGUCCAGGAGGGCUCCUCCAGGAAAAUGCAAAUACAAGCCACUUCCUGUAAAGGUCAGAGGGAAGAAAGUGCCAUUUACGCCUAGAGAAUUGACUGUGCUUGGCAUAAGUGAAACACCUACGAGAUCCCCACUGGAAAGGAUCAUACGGCCCACUAAACCACCAGGCACGCGCCAGCCCACAAGAGCCAAACCCAGCACAUCUGCAGCAAAGAAAAAAAAAACAGGCCCAACCACUACAGCAAAAUUGAGCCAAGAAAAGUCCAAGAAGGCCACUCAGCAAAACGAGAAAAAAGUGAACGUGAGCACAAAAACACAAAAGAAAGUUCCUGCCCACAAGAAAUUAAUGCUUCAAUCCAAGAAGGAUAAAAAAGCCCCUGUAAAACCAUCCACUGUAAAACCCAAAGCGUCAAUUAAAGGAGCUCCAGAGAAAAAGAACAUCAAACCACUUAAACCUCAAACGAAACCAAAAGCGGUGCCAAAGCCCAAUGUUUGGUUACAGAAGACUAAAAAGAAUGGACAAGAAAUGAAGAAACCUGUGAAGAGCCAACCUGAGGGGACUGUUACUAAAAAGACCCAAGCAAGCAGCAAAAAGACAAAAAACAGCAUUCUCGCAAAGAAGAAAAAAGCUGUUUAAAUGAGCGCGCAUGUGGUGUAGUAAUUAGACGGUAGUAAUGUAGCGCAGUAAUGAGAAUUCAAAGAUAGCCCGUUCAACAAUGUAUCAAUGAAGUUUUUGGCUCUGAGGUCAGUCAGAUGUGUGAUGUGAAAGGCCAAAGAGAAAACCACAACAGUCCUGCUCCAGCGGUUGAUUCCCUUUAGCAUGCAACACGGGAGCAUUCUUCAGAUGCUGAGCUUAUUUUUGGAAUGCGGUCGAGUAAUUAGUUCGGAUCUCUAUUUUAGAUCAAGACUAAAAUUAUAUAGAGAAAUUCUAAAUACAAAAACGAGAAUGCUGUUGAAAGACCUUCUUAAACAUAACUCUUUGAAACUAAAAUACGUCGCAUUGUAAAAUGUGUAAUUUUAUGGCAUACCUAAGGAAGCCUAAAGUGCACAUUUCUGAAAAGUAAGUGGCAUUGCAUUUCCCUUAAUAGACACAGACA